UCAAUUUUUCUUUUCACUUUCAGACUUCUUUUAAACAUUAGCCAAUUCAAUGUCUAAACUCUUUUAUAAAUAGAGCCCCUGAAGUUGUUCUGUAUAUGAAGAAGACAUAGCUCUCAAGCUUGAGGAACAUGGCCAACAAUAAUUCUCUUCCAUCACCAAUAGCCAAAAGGCUUGAAGGUAAAGUGGCACUUGUAACAGGUGGAGCUAGCGGCAUAGGAGCAGCCACAGCUAGGCUUUUUGUUCAACAUGGUGCAAAAGUUACUGUUGCAGACAUUCAGGACAACCUCGGAACUUCCUUAGUACAAGAAAUUGGAACAGAACACAUAAUAUUUGUCCAUUGCAAUGUCGCGAUUGAAUCAGACGUUCAAAAUGCUGUUGAUGCAACAAUUGCAAAAUUUAGUAAGCUCGACAUAAUGUUCAGUAACGCUGGUACAGCGGAUAAGCCAAAUUCCAGUACUAUCUUAGAAGUAGAUUAUGACAUAAUUAAGAACGUGUUUGAUGUAAACGUUGCUGGCUCGUUCUUCUGCGCGAAACAUGCUGCUAGAGUGAUGAUUCCAGCCAAGAGAGGUUCAAUUAUCUUUACAGCAAGUGCUGCCACAGUGGUCUAUGGUCUUGUUCCGCACGCGUAUGCAGCUUCAAAAAGUGCAGUUUUAGGGCUUUCCAAGAACAUCGGAGUAGAAUUAGGAAAGUAUGGAAUAAAAGUUAACUGUGUUUCUCCUCAUUACGUUGGCACACCACUUACGCUGAACGCGCUCGGUAUAGAUGAGAGACAAAUAGCGGAGAAAUGGUUCGCCGAAGGUGGAAAUUUGAAAGGAGCUUUACUAGAUGAAGAGGAAGUGGCAAAAGCAGUAUUAUACUUGGCAAGUGAUGAUUCCAAAUAUGUGAGUGGUUUGAACUUAAUUCUUGAUGGUGGUUAUAGUACCACAAAUGUGGCUUUAUCAGAGACCAACAAAAAAUUAUUUCCACCGGCUGCUACCCAUCAGAGUUCCAACGAAGCAGUGUAAUUUUUUACUAAAAAAUAUGUGGGAAUGAAUAAUUAUCAGUACGAUUUCUUUCA